UGUGUGUGUGCAUAGACACAGAACUGGGAAUCCCUGCCCUUGAGCGCUCCAGCUGGAGGUCAGCUGUGACCAGCAGUGCUGCAGAAUUUGAAGAUGCAUGAAUGGCGGGCAAAAGAGAGAAAUGUGGAGCGUCAAGCCAAACCCGACCAGGACUGCCUAAGUAAGUAAGUAAGUGUGUGUGUGUGCUGAGAACUGGGAAGCCCUGCCCUUGAGCGCUCCAGCUGGAGGUCAGCUGUGACCAGCAGUGCUGCAGAAUUUGAAGAUGCAUGAAUGGAGGGCAAAAGAGAAAAACGUGGAGUGUCAAGCCAAACCCGACCGGGACUGCCUAAGCCCCAUCUGUUCUCCCAGUCCUUCUGCCUUCAACGCUAUCUGAAAGAAGACCUGGACAUACCUUCAUCCAGUUUUGAGGCAGCCUAGAAGCACAGACCAAAAAUGGAAGGGCAAGAGCCAGCUGUAAACAAGUUUGAAGUAUUUUCUUCUGCUGUUGAGGCAGAGAACAAUAGAGUAUUCUGGGAGGAGCCUUGGAGGAAAGACUGGGAGAGCAAUCUGCUCCAUUCAGACCUUCCGCACCAGGGCUUCCGGCAUUUCCGCUACGAGGAGGCCUUGGGGCCCCGAGAGGUCUGCAGCGAGCUCCACUCUCUGUGCCGCCUGUGGCUGAAACCCGAGCGACACUCCAAGGCGGAGAUGCUGGACCUGGUGAUCCUGGAGCAGUUUCUGGCCGUCCUUCCUGCCGAGAUGGAGCGCUGGGUCAGGGAAUGUGGGGCAGAGACCAGCUCCCAGGCCGUGGCCUUGGCGGAAGGCUUCCUCCUGAGUCAGGAAGAGGAGAGGAAGCAGGAGAAGCCCCAGGUGCAGGACUCUGUUGCAGCUGAGACCAGUCAGGUGGAGGAGUCUCCUUCAGACACUGUGUGUCUUGCCCAGACUGGAAAUGGAGACUCUAUCACUGUUGAAACACGGCCAGGUGACAUUAGCACAUCUAUUCAUGGUUCUUUCCUAAGAAGAGAUUCUGCGAGACCAGAUCAGGUGACUUUUGAAGAUGUGUCUGUGGAUUUCUCAGAGGAGGAGUGGGCCCUCUUGGAUCCAAGCCAAAAAACCUUGCACCAGCAAAUCAUGGAGGAAAAUUUAGGGAUCGUGUCAUCUCUGGCCAUGAAAAUGGAGGAGACACCAUUUAAAUAUUUGGAAGAUGGAAUUAAUUUCAAUAGGAAGGAAGUGGGCACCUUUUCUCAAGAAACUCACAUAAGCAAUAAACCAUUUAAAUGUUUGCAGUGUGAAAAGAGCUUCAGUCACAAACAUGACCUUAUUUGUCACCAAGCAACACACACAGUUGAAAAACCAUUUAAAUGUCUGGAAUGUACAAAAAGUUUCUCUCGGAAACUAGGUCUUCUUUAUCAUCAGGCAGUUCACACCGGAGAGAAACCAUUUAAGUGCUUGCAAUGUGAAAAGAGCUUCAGUCACAAGCGCCCCCUUAUUCGUCAUGAGGCAACUCACACAGGAGUAAAGCCAUUUAAAUGCAUGCAGUGUGAAAAGAGCUUCAGUCACAAACCUGACCUUGUUCGUCACCAUGCAACUCACACAGGAGAGAAGCCAUUUAAAUGCUUGCAGUGUGAAAAGAGCUUCAUUCAGAAGGUAAGCCUUGUUCAUCAUCAGGCAAUUCACACAGGAGAGAAACCAUUUAAAUGCUUAGAGUGUGGAAAGAGUUUCAGUCGGAAGGAGGGCCUUGUUUCCCAUCAGGCAACUCACACAGGAGAAAAGCCAUUUAAAUGCUUACAGUGUGAAAAGAGCUUCAGUCACAAGCGCCCCCUUAUUCGUCAUGAGGCAACUCACACAGGAGAAAAGCCGUUCAAAUGCUUGCAGUGUGAAAAAAGCUUCAGUCACAAGCAUGACCUUGUUCGUCACCAUGCAACUCACACAGGAGAGAAGCCAUUUAAAUGCUUGCAGUGUGGAAAGAGCUUCAUUCAGAAGGUAAGCCUUGUUCAUCAUCAGGCAAUUCACACAGGAGAGAAACCAUUUAAAUGCUUAGAGUGUGGAAAGAGCUUCACUCAGAAGGUAAGCCUUGUUCAUCAUCAGGCAAUCCACACAGGAGAGAAACCAUUUAAAUGCUUAGAUUGUGGAAAGAGCUUCAGUCAGAAGGGAGGCCUUGUUUCCCAUCAAGCAACUCACACAGGAAAAAAGCCAUUUAAAUGCUUACAGUGUGAAAAGAGCUUCAGUAACAAGAAGGCCCUUUUUCGUCACCAGGCAAUUCACACAGGGGAGAAGCCAUUUCAAUGUUUGGAAUGUGGGAAAGGUUUCACACGGAAGUUCAACCUUGGUAAUCAUCAGGCAGUUCACACAGGAGAAAAGCCAUUUAAAUGUUUGGAAUGUGGAAAAAGUUUCUCUCGGAAGUUCUGCCUUGUUCAUCACCAGGCAAUUCACACAGGAGAGAAGCCAUUUAAAUGCUUAGAAUGUGGGAAAAGCUUCAAUCGAAAGAAACGCUUCAUUCAUCAUCAAGCAACUCACACAGGAGAAAAGCCAUUUAAAUGCUCAGACAUGGGUGGUCUUCCAUCCCCAAAAGGAGGAGAGAGGUUUCCUGAGCAGCAGAGGCCAGGGUUCGUGAGCGCGUCCCUUCCUAGAGAGGCAUUGAAAGAGGCUUGGGCUGCAGGAGGUCCUCUGAGUGGGGGGGAGAAAAGUGCUGCUUCCGGAAGGGAGCCAGUCCUCCUUGGGCGGGGCUGGAGGCAGGCCUGCUCUCUCUGGGGCAUCUCCUCUCCUCUCUGCUGUGAGACCAGCCCAUCCAUUCAGGCUCCCACCUUCUCUUUCCUGGGACCUCAUCAGUUCUUCCCCUUCAAGUAUCGUCAGGCUGGGAAGGAAGGAAGUUCCCCAUCCAGUUUGGAGGCAUUUAAGACGCACAGAACCAAGAUGGAAGGGAAAGAGCCAGUUGCUGCCCAAUUGGAAGAAUUUUCAUUUGCUGUUGAGGCAGAGAACAAUAGAGAACUUUGGGAGGACCCUUGGAGGAAAGACCAGGAGAGCAAUUGGCUCUAUUCAGACCUUCAGCACCAGCACUUCCAGCAUUUCCGCUACGAGGAGGCCUUGGGGCCGCGAGAGAUUUGCAGCCGCCUCCACUCUCUCUGCCGCCUGUGGCUGAAGCCCGAGCGACACUCCAAGGCGGAAAUGCUGGACCUGGUGAUCCUGGAACAGUUCCUGGCCGUCCUUCCUGCAGAGAUGGAGCGCUGGGUGAGGGAAUGUGGGGCAGAGACCAGCUCCCAGGCCGUGGCCUUGGCUGAAGCAUUCCUCCUGAGUCAGGAAGAGGAGAGGAAGCGGGAGAAGCCCCAGGUACAGGACUCUUUUCCAGAGGAGACCAGUCAGGUGGAGGAUUCACACAUUUGGGUCGUCCAGAUUGGAGAAGACGGAGAAUAUAUUGUAGAUGACAGUGAAACAUGGCCAAGUGAUAGUAGCACAAGUUUUCAUGAUUCUUUCCUAAGAGAAGAUUCUGUGGGACCAGAUCAGGUGACUUUUGAAGAUGUGUCUGUGGAUUUCUCAGAGGAGGAGUGGGCCCUCUUGGAUCUGAACCAAAAAACCUUACACCUGCAAGUCAUGGAGGAGAAUUUAGGGAUUGUGUCAUCACUGGAGGAGACACCUUUUAAAUGUUUGGAAUGUGGGAAAAGUUUCUCGUGGAAGUUUGACCUUGUUCAUCAUCAGGCAACUCACACAGGAGAGAUACCAUUUGAAUGUUCAAACUGUGGAAAGAGCUUCAAUUGGAAUUCACACCUUGUUGGCUAUCAGAACAUUCACACAGGAGAGACAUCAUUUAAAUGUCCAAAGUGUGGAAAGAGCUUCAGUCAGAAGGGAGAUCUUCACCACAAGAAAACUCAUGCUGGAGAUAAGCCAUUUAAAUGCCUGCAGUGUGAAAAGAGCUUCAGUCAAAAGGGCAACCUUAUUAGUCAUCGGGCAACUCACACAGGAGAGAAGCCAUUUAAAUGCUUGCAGUGUGAAAAGAGCUUCACUCAAAAGGGAGGCCUUGUUUACCAUCAAAAAACUCACACAGGAGAGAAGCCAUUUAAAUGCUUGGAGUGUGAAAAGAGCUUCACUCAAAGGAGCAGCCUUAUUCAUCAUCAGGCAACUCACACAGGAGUGAAGCCAUUUAAAUGCUUGCAGUGUGAAAAGAGUUUCAAUCACAAGAGCAACCUUAGUAGUCAUCAAACAACUCACACAGGAUUGAAGCCAUUUAAAUGCUUGCAGUGUGAAAAGAGCUUCAGUCAAAAGAAAAACCUUAUUAGUCAUUGGGCAACUCAUGCAGCAGAGAAGCAAUUUAAAUGCUUGCAGUGUGAAAAGAGCUUCAGUCAAAAGGGAGGCCUUAUUUACCAUCAGACAACUCACACAGGAGAGAAGCCAUUUAAAUGCUUGGAGUGUGGAAAGAGCUUCAGUCAAAAGAGCAACCUUAUUCAUCAUCAGGCAACUCAUGCAGCAGAGAAGCAAUUUAAAUGUUUGCAGUGUGAAAAAAACUUCAGUCAAAAGAGCAGCCUUAUUAAUCAUCUGGCAACUCACACAGGAGAAAGACCAUUUAAAUGCCUGCAGUGUGAAAAGAGCUUCAGUCGCAAGCACAUUCUUAUUCGUCAUCAAGCAACUCACACAGGAGUAAAGCCAUUUAAAUGCUUGCAGUGUGAAAAGAGCUUCAGUCGCAAGCACAUCCUUAUUCGUCACCAAGCAACUCACAAAGGAGAAAUGCAAUUAAUCUUUCCUGGUAUUGACAUGAGCCUGACCGGAUGGUAAUUGUUCAGGUUGUUCUUUUUUCCCUUCUUGAAGAUUGGGACCACAUUUGUUCUCCUCCGAUCUGCAGGGUCUUGUCACAUUCUCCAAGAACUCUCAAAGAUCAUUGCCAAUGGUUAUGAAAUGACUUUUGCUAUUUUCCUUCAAUACUCUUGAAUGUAGUUGAUCUGGCCCUGGGGACUUGAAUUAGUUUAAAGUGGCCAGGUAUUCCUGGACAAUUUGUUUCUCUAUUUGGGGUUAGAUUUCCCCUAAUCCUUUGUCCAUUCCAUGUUGCUGAGGUUGAGGACGGCUUUCUUUUUGUGAGAAGACUGAGGCAAAGAAGGCAUUAAGUAGUUCUGCCUUUUCUAUCCCCUGUUAGCAUUUUUCCAUCUUCUCCUUGCAAAAGUCCUAUCACCUCCUUGUUCUUCCUUUUUUCUACCAAGUUAAGCAAAGAAUCUCUUUUUACUCAAAAGGGAGGCCUGGUUUACCAUCAAAAAACUCACACAGGAGAGAAGCCAUUUAAAUGCUUGGAGUGUGAAAAGAGCUUCAGUCAAAAGGGAGGCCUUGUUUACCAUCAGGCAACUCAUGCAGCAGAGAAGCCAUUUAAAUGCUUGGAGUGUGAAAAGAGCUUCAGUCAAAAGGGAGGCCUUGUUUACCAUCAGACAACUCAUGCAGCAGAGAAGCAAUUUAAAUGCUUGGAGUGUGAAAAGAACUUCAGUCAAAAGAGCAGCCUUAUUAAUCUAGAGGCAUUCUCUCCUGAUUUUUCGCCUGCAUCUAUGGCAAGCAUCCUCAGAGAUAGUAAGGUCUGUUGGAACUAAGGAAAAUUGGGUUUAUAUAUCUGUGGAAUGACCAUGGUGGGACAAAGAACUCUUGUCUGUUGGAGCUAGGUGUGAAUGCUUCAACUGACGACCUUGAUUAGCAUAUGAUGAAUCUCUUUUUAUUCUUUUUAGUAUCCCUGGCAAACCUGAACUCAUUUGCACUUCAUCGAAAGGAAUAUAAUCUCUAGGUCAGUGGUUGCCAACCUUUUUUUUGACCAGGGAGCACUUUGAUUUUUUAAAUUAUU